ACCCUGACCAUGGCCGUGCUCGGAUUUUGGCUGCGCUGCGGCGGCCGCCUUCUGCUCCUCCUCACCUGCUUCUUCGCGCCUUUUCUUGGCAAACCCGGAGCCGGCCCCGCCGCCCGCGCCCCUUACGCGGGUGUAUCUGAACCUUCUUUUAUUGCUAAAAGUGAAGAUCGUUUGUUUAAACAUUUAUUUGAAGACUAUCAAAAAUGGGUUCGUCCAGUGGAACGCUUGAAUGACACAAUAAAAAUAAAGUUUGGCCUUGCAAUCUCUCAACUAGUAGAUGUGGAUGAGAAAAACCAAUUGAUGACAACAAAUGUCUGGUUGAAACAGGAAUGGGUAGAUGUGAAAUUAAGGUGGAAUCCUGAAGACUAUGCUGGAAUUACUUCUAUUCGUGUCCCAUCAGAUUCUAUUUGGAUUCCAGAUAUUGUGCUGUAUGACAAUGCAGAUGGACGUUUUGAGGGAACAGCUACAAAAACUGUGGUAAAAUAUGAUGGCACCAUUGCUUGGACUCCACCAGCAAACUACAAAAGUUCUUGUACUAUUGAUGUAACCUUUUUCCCCUUUGACCUCCAAAACUGCUCUAUGAAAUUUGGUUCCUGGACUUAUGAUGGUUCACAGGUUGAUUUAAUUCUUGAAGACUAUGAUGUUGACAAAAGAGACUUUUUUGAUAAUGGCGAAUGGGAGAUAGUGACUGCAACAGGAAGCAAAGGAAACAGGACUGAUGGCUGCUGCUGGUAUCCUUUUGUUACAUAUUCAUUUAUAAUUAGACGUUUGCCACUUUUUUACACCUUGUUUCUCAUUAUUCCUUGCAUUGGGCUUUCAUUUCUAACUGUCCUUGUCUUCUAUCUUCCUUCAAACGAAGGUGAAAAAAUUUCACUUUGCACUUCAGUACUGGUGUCUUUGACUGUUUUUCUUCUUGUUAUAGAAGAGAUUAUUCCAUCCUCUUCUAAAGUUAUCCCACUUAUAGGAGAGUACUUGGUGUUCACUAUGAUAUUUGUGACAUUGUCCAUUGUAAUAACUGUCUUUGCUAUCAAUAUUCAUCAUCGCUCUUCGUCUACACACAAUGCUAUGGCACCUUGGGUUCGCAAGAUAUUUCUUCACAAACUUCCCAAGCUGCUUUGCAUGAGAAGUCAUGUAGAUAGAUACUUUGCUCAGAAGGAGGAAAGAGCAAAUAUGAAUGGAUCAGAAUCAUCUAGGAACACCUUGGAAGCAGCUCUGGAUUCUAUUCGAUAUAUUACAAGACAUGUUAUGAAGGAGAAUGAAGUUCGUGAGGUGGUUGAAGACUGGAAAUUUAUUGCUCAGGUGCUUGAUCGAAUGUUCUUAUGGGCUUUUCUUCUGGUUUCAGUAAUUGGAUCACUUCUGUUAUUUAUUCCUGUUAUUCAUAAAUGGGCAAGUAUAAUAGUACCUACACAUAUAGGCAGUACAAAUGCAUAAAGUAGUUUUGGGUCUGUCUUCUGCUAAUAUAGCUCUGGAGGGUUGUGCAGUAGCUCUGUUUCCAUGCGCAUUCUUUGCAGGCACGUUUCUGAUAGAGAACAAAAAUAUCCAAACCCAGGAAUUUAUAUUAGAGCAUGGCAUCCCUAGGAGAUGCAAAAGUCGGUUUGCUUAUUGUCAGUCUACUAAGCUAUUUCUACAUUAGGUCAGAAUUAAAAGGACCUUCUAAGCACUUGCAUGUGUGAUGUGUCAAAAAGCAUGCAGUGACACCUACUGUGAAAUAGGAUAGAAAAUUUUUUAGACAGUGAUGACCAUAGUCCAAAUAUGAAUUACUAUACAAGUUGUUAAUUGAGUAUUAAAUAUUGGCAGAUAUUUACACAGCAGAGCUGCUUGUUUCAAUUUACUGUAGUAUGCAAAGGACAAUUUUUACCAGCUCUCCAAAUGUGUUGUGAAAAUGUAAAGUUUCUAUGGAAUACAUAUAAAAUAGUAAAAAAAUUGCCACUUAUUGUACAUUCAACAUAGAAGUGAACACAGUGGUUUGGUUGCAUUUUGUCUUUCUAAAUUUUCAGUGGAGUUUGCUGCUAAAUUUAAACUCUUUCUAAUGUUAUCAUACUGAUGUGAGCAUUUAAUGCAGUAAGGCUUAAAAUGCCUACAGGGUGCACAAAUAUUGAUAUCUCUCUCAUCUAGGGAAAGAAAGGUAAAGACAAAUUAAAUGAGUUCCCAAGUUGCACAAAUAUUCUAAUGGACCACAACAUGUAGAUUUGUUCAUUCUUGACGAAGGAUUUGAUACAUACUGUUAGUGGCAAACAUGUUAAUCAUUUCCUGCCUUGGCGUGUUUCUCAGAAUUAAGUUUUUAAGCACAGGUAGUAGCUACCUCUAAGAGAUUCUCCUACUUAUAGAACUAUAUGUAACUCUUAGGCUGUGAAGACUUACAGCUUUCCAUACUUUUUUCCCCCUGAGAGUACUGAAAACUAACUUGCAGUUUUUAAAUUAUCGCAUUAAAAUACUCUAGAAAUACUGGUUCUGAAUUCUUUCACUUUCAUUCCCAUCCCACCUUUCCUAAAUGUUUCUAGAAGACUCUGAACCAGAAGUUUUCUUAAACCAAAAUUUAGUCAGUGUAUGUUGAAAUACAGUUGCAUCGUGCUGGGCUAAUAAACCAAUGCCAAGCUAGAACAAGCCUUGCUCAAAUUACUGCUUUAAUAAUAACAUGUUUGAGAAGUUUUAUAUAGAUUGUAGUGACUUUGAUAAUGUAGUGAUUAUGAAUUUGGAAAAAAGAUGCAUGUCCCUGUCUAUCCUUCAGAAUAGCAGUACCAAUUACAAUACUGAUUGCUGAUGUCAUAACUUAGAUAUCAUUGAAUAUUCAUUUAAAGUUAUUUUGACUUGUAGGACCUUCUUGGGUUUAUGUAACUUUUUAAGGCUUACAGGUGGGGCAAUGACACCAGGCAAGCCUCCCUUUGUUUUCUUUUUAAUACUAUCUGGCAGUGGAUAUCUGUAUUUCCUCUAGUCCCAUCAUAAUUAAUUUUAAAGGUUAAUUUGCAAACAUGAUCUGAUUUAAUCUAUUAAUAUAAUAAUUUUUGCCUUUUUGGUAUUACUAUUGUUGACUUCAUGUGGAAAUUGCAGGAAUACUUUAGAUAUCUUAUUUCCUCAUCAAAUGCAAAAUUUAAUUUUAUAUAGUCCUCCUUGGGGUUUAAUCACUGAAGUUUAUCUUGGUUAUGUAUAUUAUUAAGUCCCCACCU